CUUAUUCAUCAGUAACAGGUUGUCAUUGAGUAAAGAAAGACGUGAAAAUAUUCAUUCCGGCAAGCUUGUUGAGGAUUAGUGGACAGAAAAAAAGAGAUUUUUAAAUAAGAAUUUAUUUCAUAAAAUUAGCAAUAAAUAAUCAGUGCAGCUAGAAGGAGACCGCAGCUUAAUGAUUUGAUAAAAAAAAUACAUCCACACCUAAUUUCUGAUAAAGAAUAAGAAGAGCGAAAUAGAAAAUGUACUGAAGUUUCUCUUUACGUACAGAAAAAAAGUAACUUUUUCUUUCUUUAAAAAAAAAUAAGACCAUAAAAGACACAAUUUAAAAAGGAAAUUCAGAAAGAUUGAGACAAGUCAAUUAAUAUUUAUCAGUGCCAGUUUAAUUUACAUAAAAAAAUAUCACACAAAAAUGGUGAAACAACGAAGAACUAUUCUGGAUACAAUUCCGAUGGUUGCGGCUAUUUUCGUAGCAAUCAUUUCAAUUGUUCAUUGCCAACGAAUUGCUAGUACAACACCCCAAAAAGUCACUGGUCAAGAAGGAGAAAAAGUUGAUCUACUGUGUACGUUUGGAAAGCCUAUUGAUCGAUGUUCUUUUGAAUUUCCAAAUGAAGAUCGUCCAAAGUUGAGUCCUUCAUUUCCUGCAAGACCAAAUUAUAAAUAUUUUGGAACAGGACUUGAGAAUGGACAGUGUGGUGUAACGAUCGAAAAGUUGAAUAGAGAACUUGAAGGAAAUGUGACUUGUCGAUUAGAUUUAGGUGAUGGUUCCGAUGAUAUUAUUGGAAUUAUUCCAAUUGAGAUUGCAAGACCUCCAAAGCAGCCAAUACUCUUUGUACAAAAUGACAGAAAAUUAGAAGCAGGUCAAGAGAUGGAAGCAGAAUGUGAGUACCGUGAUGGUCAUCCACAUGCUCAAGUUUCAUGGUUCUUAGGCGGUGAACGAAUCAUUCCAAAGAAUCAAGAAUUCUACAAUAAUGAAAAAGACACAGUGAUAUCAGUGGUUUCACAUAGACUCUCAGCCGAUGACAAUCUUAAAUCAUUGGUGUGUCGACUAGAUCAUCAAGCCUUCGAUAAUGGAUACACAAAUACAUCAAUGCAAUUAAAUGUCAAUUAUCAACCGAUGGCUCUUAGUCGAGAUGAAUUGUACAUUUCAGGAUUAGAAAUCGGUCGUACAGUUGAUAUUGUUUUGAGACUUCGUUCCAACCCAAAACCACGUCUUCAAUGGACUAUUGAAGGAAAUAGCUACGAUGAAGGAAGACAAACAAAUAAGUAUCAAGUCUACGCAGCCGAACAAGACGAAGAAGGUAGAUGGAUUGCAAAGUUAACAGUAAUUGAUCUAUCACUCGAAGACACAUUGAGAACAUAUAUGCUACGUGCAAGCAACGAGUUUGGAGCAAAUGAUUAUUCAGUUCGCAUCGGCGGCUCACAAGAAUUAGACGACUCAGGGCUCGGUAUUGUUCCAAUUAUCGGUAUAACUGUCAUUUCUAUUUUCGUAUUGCUCGUAGUAGCGUUACUUGUGGUCGCUCGCGUCACUAAGCGCUGGUGUUUUGCAGGCGAUUCCAUGCAUCCCAAUAGUCCCGACUCAGAAGCUCAGAUAGCACCUGAAGAAGAUAAAACACAUGAGCAUUACGAGCAGCAUGACAGUAAAGUUACUGACGACGAAUCAGGUGACACCGAACAUAAAGCUAAUGGAAAUGGAAAAUCAAACGGAAAUACGUCAGUCUAAGUAAUUCACACAAGUAAUUAAUAAUGCACAUAACAAAUAAGACGAGGAUUAGUGAUGUUGAUUUUAUUAUUUAAUUCAACAUGGGUGAUAACUUAAAAGUUCUGACUUUAAAAUGUUUUUAAAAUACUUAAUUCAAUGACUUUAAUUUAAUCGAAUUGAAGGAUGACGAAAAAAAAUAAUUAAUUAAUCGAUAUUUCUUUUGAUACAGACAAAAAAAUAUUAU